CUUUUUAAUUUUUUUGUUCUCGUUCAGCUCACUGAACCGAGUCCACGCGAGGGAGUGACACACACACACACACACACAGAGAGAGAGAGAGAGAGAGAGAGCUUCCGCCUUUAGACUCGCAGUCACAAAACGCUUUACUACACUCAGAGACGAGUCGAGCGACGAAUGACAACAGACAUCUCGACCCAAACAAUUGCUGUCCAUCCGCAGGACAGGACAGAUAGCAGCAACCCGGACUGUUUAGCGGUUUAGGCUACUGGAGAAACAAGCUGAUGCUCUUCGGAGGGAAAAGCUAAUUUUUCUCUUUUUUGUUUUGAGCGGGGGUGUAUUUUGUGUGUGUGUGCGUGAAGAGGUGGAGAAGCAAAAACAACAACCAAAAAAAAAAAAAGAAAAAAAAAAAAACCAACAAAGUUGCUUCGUGACAAGUAAAAACAAAGAUGGUGCACGGCGGCGUAUGUUUCACACAUAGAGACACAGCAUCUGCUCGGUUUAAUUAAAGUGUCCCGGAGAAGACCCGGAGGAGACGGGACGGGGUGGAGUGGUGGGUACCUGUUUUCUUGCUGCAGACCUUCAGUUGCCCUCCUGCUUGGAUGCAAAGAAAACACUGAGAGCUGUUCGGCAGGCCCCCCUGCAGCUUCAGGGGACAGUGUCAGAUGUGUACCCAGCACACAAAGCCCCUGGCCCGGCCGUGGGGAUGGCAGCCUCUGCCUUGAACCUGAACGGCCUUGUAGUCAUGAACAGUAAUCAGUUUCACUCCAAGCCAGGGUCCUCUAACGCCACCUCUAGAACAAAUACCAGCCCAGUGGGCCGACCUGUGCUGCCAGUUCCAGAACGGAGCACCUACUGCCCAUUACUGGGUGGAAGCCUCUACAGCCCAACAAGCCCUAAGACGAGCCCCCGAUCUCUUAACCAAGCCUUUGUCUUUCCUCCUCCAAACUUGCUCUCCCCCUGCGACACAACUCACCCUCGCUCCCCCUCGCCGAGAAGCCCGGAGCGCCUGGGAGUCAAUGUGGGCCAGCGCAUCCGACGCCUGAGUGGUGAAGACAGAGGGGAAGGGGAUAGGCGGGAGGAGACGGGAGGAGGGACGAGAGGAGGUGAGGCGCGGGACGAUAGGAAGCGUCAGGAACAUCUGCUCCGGAUCCACAGAGAGCUGCAAAACGUUGAGGUCAGAGGAAAGGUUGGCAUAUUCGAGGCCCACAUUUCCGGGAUCCGUGCCCAGGUCCUUAAUAGUGAACUCCAGCGCAGCCCGCGUACGACCAGACGAGCGACUAGCCAAUCUCCUUUGCAUCCCAGCCAAGGAAACACAGUUCUUGAAAAUCCAAUGAUCCACCCACAAGCGAAUAAAGUAUCUUCUGAUGCCCAAAAUGGCGGAGAGGUGGCAGAAGAAAUGACUGAAAGACUAAGAAAGGAAAGUGGAACGGAUGAGGGCGAAAAGGACAGAGAUGCUACGAAGUCAAACAUAGAGAACAAAACACUGAUUGAUCAAAAUGACUGCCACUCAGAAACAACUUUACAAACUCCCUAUGCGGAUAAACGGAUUAUUCAUGGGUCACCUGAGACAUCAGAAAAAUAUUCAGCUAUGGAUGAGAAGAAUAAAGAAAAACAGAGAGAAAGGGAGGAAGAAAAAGAUGAAAAGAAGGUAGAAAACAUAGAAAGGGAGCGAGAUGAGAGGCAACAAACAAAGACAGACGUUUCAGAUGAGGCAGAGUAUCAAUUGGAUUCAAAAGUGCCAAUUCAGACUGAAAGAAAAAGGUUUACCGAUAUCUCUGAAACCACUGGUUUACCUCAAACACAAAACAGUAACAACGUGAAGCUGAGUUUGAUGGAAACACCUAAUCAAACAUCCGACCAUUUAUCCUUCAUGGUACCCUCCAUCCCUGCAGUGAUAGUCACUGACCAUGGUUUGGAGACCCUGUCUCAAACUACUGAAGGUUCAGGCUCAGAAUGGGGACUGUCACGAUCCCCCAGUCCCAGUUCGAGUCCUGUUCCAUACUCUUCCACUCGCUCCCUCAGAAAGCUGUCUUCCUCCUCCGCAUCCUCGGCCGGUUUCUCCUCUUCUUGGGAGGAGUCGGAGGAUGAUGUUUCCAGUGAUACGGAGAAGGGAGAGAAUCUUCUCAACCCUGCGCAUCUCAGUUCUCAGCAAAAAGCGCACAAGUCAUGGAAGAAGAUAAAGAACAUGGUCCACUGGUCUCCAUUUGUUAUGUCCUUCAAGAAGAAGUAUCCCUGGAUUCAACUGGCUGGACAUGCAGGGAGUUUUAAGGCAGGUGCAAAUGGACGAAUAUUAAAAAAACACUGUGAAUGCGAGCAGCGCUGCUUGUCCCGGCUGAUGGAGGAUGUGCUGCGGCCCUACGUUCCUGGUUAUCACGGAGAUGUGGAGAAGGAUGGCCAGAAGUAUAACCAGAUGGAGGAUCUGCUGGCUGAGUUUGACUACCCGUGUGUAAUGGACUGUAAGAUGGGAGUGAGGACCUACCUUGAGGAAGAGCUAGCCAAGGCUCGGAGAAAGCCUGCUCCGAGGCCCGACAUGUUUCAGAAAAUGAUAGAGGUUGACCCCGGGGCACCCACAUUGGAGGAGAAGGACAAGAAGGCAGUGACCAAGCCAAGAUACAUGCAGUGGAGAGAGACAAUAAGCUCAACGGCAACCCUGGGGUUCAGGAUAGAGGGAGUCAAGAAAGAAGAUGGAACUGUGAACAGAGAUUUCAAGAAGACAAAGACAAGGGAGCAAGUGGUUGCAGCCUUCAAUGACUUUGUGAAAGGAGAUAAGGAGAUACUGAACAAAUAUCUAACAAGGUUAAAGGAAAUCCGAGCCACUUUGGAGAUCUCUCCAUUCUUCAAAUCUCAUGAGGUAAUUGGCAGCUCCCUCUUAUUUGUUCACGACAGCAGGAAACGAGCCAAAGUGUGGAUGAUUGACUUUGGGAAGACCACGCCCCUCACUGACGGGGAGGAACUAACCCAUCGAGCUUCGUGGGUAGAAGGGAACAGAGAGGAUGGCUACCUGUUUGGACUCGACAGUUUGGUGGACAUCUUUUCCUGCAUGGUGAACUCUGAGAUUUGAAGGCUGAAAGCUUAGUUUUUGAACCAAGUAAACUUUUGGACUCACCACCAUUAACGCCUCCAUUCAUACUUCAUUCCUCUGGGGAACCCUUAGGAACAUUGACACUUGAACUCACGAAGCAAACCACAUCGUCCAGCCCCUCUUAGUUCCUCACAAGUGGAACUAGUAACAGCAGCAAUGCCUCACUUCCUCAUAAUUGUGUUAAAACAGGGUUCUUUAUGCUGUUUAUUUUAUAAAAAGGAGGGAAAAAGGUCUAUCUUAUAUAACCUCAUUUUGACAGCAUAUCAUUUUACUAAAGAAAUCCCCUGAUUGAAAAGCAAACGAUAUGGAUCCUAAAGCAAACUGAGUCCUGUUGACGUAUGUUACCAUUAUAAAUAAAUCCUCUACAAAGGCCUGAACCAAUAAAAUGUUACCUAAUAUUUGAUUGCCUUAAUGAGAGGCUCCACAUUAUAUUAUAUUAUAUUAUAUUAAAUACCAAUUUUAUCUAACAGACCAACAAAAAGUAGCACAUAAUGGUGACAUGAAAGGAAAGUGAUACAUGGCUCUUAACAUUAUAUUACAAUCAUUUUAUAAUUGAAAUUUUUUGUGUCCAUAUGUAAUUCAGUUACCCUAAAUCAGUGCUUUGUAGAAUCACCUCUUCACUGUUUUUGUCUCUGCACUUACUGAAUGUUUUGCCCGUUCUUCUUUUAAAAAUAGCUUAAGCUCAGCCAGAUUGGAUGGAGGCGUCAGUGAACAGCAAGUUUCAAUCCUAACCAAAGAUUCUGAAUUGGAUUUGGGUCUGAACUUUGACUGGACCAUUCUAAUAUGCCUUGAUCCCAUUUGAGCUAUGGCUAUGUAGCCUGUAACAGGCUAUCUUCUAGAAAUACCCUGUAUUUAGCUCCAUCCAUCUCCCCAUCAACCAGCUUACCUGUCCCUGCUGAAAAAAGGCAACCCCACAGCAUGUUGCUGCAACCACUAUGUUUAUGGUUUGUUAAGUUGUUUAUUUUUUUUAUUCAGCCAUAAAUCAUUUAUAUGUUGGCCAAAGUUUUCAACUUUAAGCUCAUAUGAUCAGAGCACCUUCUUCCACAUAUUUGCUUUGCCUCCCACGUGGAAGGAUUUCUGCAGCCUUUCUUUCAACAGUGGCUUUCGUCUUCUAAAGGGAGGCUGAAUCCAAGCAAAUGCUGGGAUUUUUAGACUUUUAUUUGAAAAAGCAUGUAUCAUUUUUCUUCCAGGUCGUAUUUAUGCACUUCUUUGUGUUGGUGUUUCACAUAAAAUCUCGAGAAAAUAAGAAAUACAGAUUAAGAUGGAUACUGUUGCAUGACACUGUAUAUGCGUUGGAUCAGUGGUUUGUUAUAUUUUGGUCUUCUAUUGAUAUGUUUUUUAGACAUUUUUAAAAUGUUCAACUUUGUGAUUCUACUCCUCUGCAAGCACUUUGGCUAAAUAUCUUAACACACUAGCAACUGCUGUCCUUUUUUAUUUAGAAGAUAUUAAACCAGACCAAGUGCUAGGCCUUUUGGAUCCCAUAUUAGAGCUCAAAAAUGGCAAUCUUUAACAUUUCAAUCCUGUUUAUUAUUUUUAACCUCUAAAUCAGGUGUUCACUUUGCACUCAACACAUGGUAAAAUUGUUUGAUUUCAUUUUCAAAACUGUAACCAUAUUCAUGUUCCCAGAACAUGUAAAACUGCUCUCACCACGAGCAAUAAUUAUAAGCUACAAUACAAAGUGUUUCACUUUCUAGAGUUCUUUUAAUGGUGAAAGUAGAUUCUGCUCACUCACACACACAUCUAGGUGCAUCUAAGGUGUCUUCGCAUGUGCCAGCUCCUGUUUAGCAGGUUAAAUAUUUGUGCUGUGAAACUGCAGCAACAUGUCAUGUUUUGUUUUCAUAAGGAGUAACUUGAGAUGGCAGUUUUUUCAGGAAGUGUUGCUCCAACGUGUUGAUCUUGGUCUCCAGUUUGUUUCGGGACUUCUCAUAUUGCAAGGCAAUAUACAGAUGAUGGAUUGCAGACACUUGGACCAACAUAAACAGUUCUAUUGAAUGCUGAUAAAAUCAUAAAAAAAAGACAUAAACAAACAGUUUUUAAGUAGAUGCUAGACAGUGGUUUCAGAGUUAUUAUUUUUGUUGUUACACAUAGGGUAUAAAUGAUCAUCUUAAAGCUUCAGAUGCUGAAAUUGGGUUUCUUGUUUCCAGAUUCUUUAUAUUCAGAAUAAAAAGGUAUAUUUUUAAAGACCUCUGGGUUUUGCGAGACUGAAAACAUUCAUUGGGGUAUACGCUCAAGCACUAUUGAGCCACAUCAUUCAUCAAUACAAACAUAAAAAAUUAAUUCAAAUAGAAAUGCUAAAGAUUGCCAAUUUAAACAGCUUUUAGCCACAAAAUUUAAGUCAGUUUUAUCUCAUUUUAUUUUCUUCCUGUCCUGUUCAUUUUCAACCGCAUCAGUUUCAAAGGGGGACUCUUUUUACAUUUUCAGAGGAAGACUGUUUUUUUUUUUUUUUUGGUUCAAACAUAAAUUUAAAACAUAUAAAUAAAGUAAAAUUAAUCCAACAGUUGUACAUUUAGGCAGAGACAGAGUUAAGUUAGAGCACGAUGUUUGAUUCACAGACAUGUGAAAGCUACUCACCGUGAGGAGGAGCAGCGGAAGAUAACACAAGGCAUUUCCCAGCACUUAUCGAUAUGUUAUGAAUUGUUACAUAGACUCGGCAUACGAUGUGCUUUUGUUCUCAAACACUUAACGCCUUUCCUUUUGUUGCUCCAGGUAGCUCAUGCAGUGUACAGUAAGAUUUAUUUAGUUCUGUGUACUUUUGUUUGGUUUCUACUGUAACAUAGUUGUUAAAUCCUGUGGAACACUUACAGCCAUGAACAAUCCUAUUUAAGCUAUACAGUGCCUUGACAUUACAAAGCCAAGUCAGAAAGCUAAGAAAUGUUUUUGUUUUCUAGUUAUAAAUAUGGGUUUCUUUGCUUAGUGUAACAUGGGUGCAUGUUUAUUAUCCUUUUAAAUGUUUAUGACUUUGUAAUUUGUUCUGAUUUUAUUUAAACAACAUAUUUUCUUGUUAUUCUGUGGAGGCUCUAGGAUACUGAGUUGUGGUAUAUCUGGUUUUGUUUUCAAACAUAUGUUACAUUUUAAGAGGUAGUCACAGAAUAGGGAAACUGGGGAUAUUGCAAAAGAAAAGGCGCAUAAUAUGUAUUUAAAGCCAUAUAUAUAUAUAUAUAAGACAUUGGGGAAGCUGCCAUUGAUUUUAAAGUGAUUUGGUAGGUGGGGCAAAAGUAACACAUUAUUUACAGGCUGGUCUUUAUUAAAUAAAUAAGGAAAUACUGCAACUUAAUGUCGUGCCUUCUUAAUGAAAUAGAUAAACAUGAUGGGAAGACAGUUGUGUCUUUUAACUAUUAAGCAUAGGCAUAAAAUUUGGUAACUAAUCAUUUCAGGCCAACAGUCAUAGAUUUGGCCUGUUUUUCUUCGUGUGCACUUACAGAUGUUUACUGUAGGUCUUAAAGGUUUGUAGUGUUGCUGGUUUGUGUAUUUAUUUUUUUUGGACUGGUUCUUUAAAAAUACAAUUGUGGUGAAACA